AUGGACAUGUCUUUCGCCGCCGUGGGCUUAGCCCUGCCCAUGACCUCGACUCCUGAAAACGAAGUAAUUAAGAAUCUCCAAAAGAGAACAGUCAUCUAUCAUCCGAAUCGCUCGACCCGCGCAAACAUUACUUUUGUCGACAUCGUAGAGCAUAUUGUUCAGGGUACUACGUGCAUGGAAGCGCCUUCUAUGGAAAUGAUUGCACCUGCAAUUCUGAAGACUCGUGCACUUGACCUCACUGCGUUCUUGAUAGCAUUUCGAAUGAUCCUGAAGAACACUCCCAUCUUGCUGUCUCUACCAGCAGCAUCGCUACGGCUGCAGCGCUCCUACUACAGCCCACAGUCUGCAGGCAGAAUGAUACCAGGAGGUCAGCCAGAGGCUCAAAGGAAAACCACUCCAGAGACGCAGGAAGAUUUUGCUAUUUUGGAUACUCCUGUUGGGACGCACGAUGAUUCCAUCCUCCCCUUCAGACAAACUCUCGAUGAUCUCCAAGCGCGUGUUCAAAGGCUCGAACAACACUUACUGGGAGAAAACGGACCCAGACCGCAGCCGACACGAAAUGCACCCUUUCCACAAUCGUUGCAGGAACUUGAUGCCCGUAUUUUCGGCAUUGAACAGCGACUGGUCACCCAGCCAGCCGAUCAGCCGACCUCCCAACCAUGCAGUAUUCCACCAGUGCUGCCGCACCUUCGAGCUUCGGCGGAUAAAACCAAGCUGUUCGGACCAAGUAGUUGGAGUCACACGUUUGAGCAGUUGCACGCCAUUCGCAAGGUCCGCAUGGCGACCAAGUCAGCACCCAGCAACGAUGUACAAACCGCGGAGAUGACCAACUUGUUCAAGACAUGUCGUAACCUACGCAGGACAAUCAAAGCUCGCGACUCUCCACAGCUGAUUGAUCCCGUUCCGGACCUGCUGAGAAACCUACCUACCCGCGAGGUCUGUGACCAGCUGGUCCAUCACUAUCUUCGUACUCUGGAGUUGGUCUACCGCGUACUGCAUGUUCCAUCCUUCCAGAGAGAUUACCACUGCUUUUGGGAUGAUCCGGAGUCAGCACGGCGUGGCUUUGUACUGAAGCUUCUCUUGGUUAUAUCUAUAGGUUCCAUAUUUCAUGCUGACGAGACAAAAUGCGCUCCCGUCAGGUCGUCGGUGCGUCGUUGGGUGUGUGCCGCACGGUGGUGGCUCACUGGACUUUCGGAGGCCUCUGCAGCCAAUUUGGAAGGAGUGCAGGUCUUUUGCCUUCUCCUCCUCUGUCGGCAGACGCACACUCUAGGCAAAGAGUCAGUCUGGGUUUCGGCUGGAUCUUUAGUACGGCUCGCCUUUAGCCUCGGACUGCAUCGAGAUCCGAAACAUUUCCCGUCCCUUUCUGUGUUCGAAUGUCAGAUGCGACGGCGCUUAUGGGCGACCGUUCUGGAGCUGGCUACGCAGACCUCGCUGGAUGCAUUUAUGCCUCCGUUGAUCUCGGUCGACGAUUAUGACACAGAGCAUCCGCUAAACCUUGAUGACGCAGAUAUCGACGAGACAACUGCAACCCCUCCGGCCCCCAAACCAACUGGCCACUACACGGACUCAUCCGUUCAGAUUGUGCUGCUGCACUCUCUCCGAACGCGAUUGCAGAUUGCCCGCAUGAUCAACCGAGUCCACUCCGAACUGCCAUACCAUGAAGCCUUGGAACUAGGGGCCGCGCUCAGCACGUCCUGCAACGACAUCGCCAUAUUCAUACACACCCACAGCGCGCAACACUCCAACCACCCGAUGAAACCGACCGACUUUCACCACAAACACCUCACCACCUACCUCCACCGAUCCAUCCUCCUCCUCCACCGCCCAUUCACCCUCCACUCCCUCACCGACCCCCGCUUCCACCUCUCCCGCAAACUCAGCCUCGAAUCCGCCACCACCAUCCUCUCCCUCCUCAACACCCCCGACAACCCCCCAGACGACUUUACCCGCCUCUCCUCCUCGGGAGCAGGAACAUUCCGCGGCCCGCUCUCCCUCGACAUCAUCAGCGCCCUAUGCCUGGAAAUAAUCACCCAGCUGGAGGUGGAAUCCGCGCGGUGCCCGCACCCGUCAACAGCCAUACCCGGCUCGGAGCUCUUGGACGAGAUUGCGCGCUCUGCGCGGCACCCCCUCCUACACACCCUCCAGCGUGCCCAGGCGCAUCUCCUGCAAGCCAUUGCGGACGGGAAGCCGAGUAUGAAGCGGUAUGGGAUUCUGUCAGUAGCCCUGAGACAGAUCGAGGCGAUGAGUGCGGGGACUUGCCCUAUGCGAGUUAUUCGGGAUGCGCUGGUGGAUGUGAUGCGGACGUGUGCGGGGCUGCUGCAGGGGUAUCUCGAUACGACGGAGGCUGGAGAUAGACCGACGGAAGGCGUCGACGACUGGGACGCCAUGGGGUUCACGCCAGAUAGUGACCUGGACUUUUUGCUUCGUGGUAUGGGCUGGGACAGCGCUCUCUUGGAGGUUCCGAACCCGACGGAUGAAUAUGCAGUGAUGUGA